UUGAUAUGUCUUAAUUUUUCACUUGUACUUUAUUUUUUGUCAUUUUUUUAAAAAUUACAUUGUGAAGUAUAUGAUAAACUUUAUUCAUACAGGUUAUCUUGUGUAGCCAAAAGAAACAGGCUUCACCCAAAAGGAGACGCUCAUAGAGUAAUAGUGGGGAGAAUAUCAUAUUCUUACUGUUAUUUAUUUCCUUUUAGACCAUCCCAGAAAAAAAAAAAAAAACCUAAUCAUGUGUGACGACGAUGAGACCACCGCCCUCGUGUGUGACAAUGGCUCUGGUUUGGUCAAGGCUGGGUUUGCCGGUGAUGAUGCUCCCCGUGCUGUCUUCCCUUCCAUCGUUGGAAGACCCCGUCACCAGGGUGUGAUGGUCGGUAUGGGUCAGAAGGAUAGCUACGUUGGAGACGAGGCCCAGAGCAAGAGAGGUAUUCUGACUCUGAAGUACCCCAUUGAGCACGGUAUCAUCACCAACUGGGAUGAUAUGGAGAAGAUCUGGCACCAUACCUUCUACAAUGAGCUGCGUGUGGCCCCUGAGGAGCACCCCACACUGCUCACUGAGGCCCCCCUCAACCCCAAGGCCAACAGGGAGAAGAUGACCCAGAUCAUGUUUGAGACCUUCAAUGUCCCAGCCAUGUAUGUGGCCAUCCAGGCUGUGCUGUCCCUGUAUGCCUCUGGCCGUACCACUGGUAUUGUGCUGGACUCUGGUGAUGGUGUGACUCACAACGUCCCCAUCUAUGAAGGUUACGCUCUCCCCCAUGCCAUCAUGCGUCUGGAUCUGGCUGGUCGUGACCUGACUGACUACCUGAUGAAGAUCCUGACUGAGCGUGGCUACUCUUUUGUGACCACUGCUGAGCGUGAGAUUGUGCGUGACAUCAAGGAGAAGCUGUGCUAUGUCGCUCUGGACUUUGAGAAUGAGAUGGCCACUGCUGCAUCAUCCUCCUCCCUGGAGAAAUCCUACGAGUUGCCUGAUGGCCAGGUCAUCACCAUUGGCAAUGAGCGUUUCCGUUGCCCAGAGACCCUCUUCCAGCCUUCCUUCAUUGGUAUGGAGUCUGCUGGUAUCCAUGAGACUGCCUACAACAGCAUCAUGAAGUGUGAUAUUGACAUCCGCAAGGACCUGUAUGCCAACAACGUCCUCUCUGGUGGUACCACCAUGUACCCUGGUAUUGCUGACCGUAUGCAGAAGGAGAUCACUGCUCUGGCCCCCAGCACCAUGAAGAUCAAGAUCAUUGCCCCUCCUGAGCGGAAGUACUCUGUCUGGAUUGGUGGCUCCAUCCUGGCUUCCCUCUCCACCUUCCAGCAGAUGUGGAUCAGCAAACAGGAAUAUGAUGAGGCUGGCCCCUCCAUUGUCCACAGGAAAUGCUUCUAAAUGCCUGUCCUAUGUGUUCAUCUAUCCCCCUGUCUGCAUUUGUACUGUUUUGAAUACUGUAUAUACAUGUACUAUUGUAAUAAAGUUAAUUACCUGUCACACUA